AUGCCAAUUGCCAAGGUUUCUCCGUACGACAAUGGCACGGUCGGGAAGCCCAUCAAUCGGGAGCGUUAUAUGAUUGACCUCAUUUCAAGCUUCAUCACCAAAAGCGACAAUUACGACCGAAUUCACGGCCCGAUUCAACACAAGAUCGGAAUAGACCACCGAGUCACAGUCGACGGGAAAGGCUUCGUCUCCAGACCUCUCAGUCUCACCGUCGACCAGCUCGUGAAUGACUUCCCACAAGCCAGGGUGACCUGCACGCUGCAGUGCGCUGGGACCCGCCGACACACCAUGCGCACACGCAUCAAGGAGGUCUUGGGCGUGGAUUGGCAGGAUGCUGCUCUGAUGACAUGUGUCUGGGAGGGUCCUCGAGUUCGUGACAUCCUGCUGGCGGCCGGAGCCCAGGACCACUGCGCCAUGGGUGACAGCGUACGACCGAAACACGUCCACUUUGCCAAUUACGGAGGCAAGACUCAGGCCGACGAGUGGUAUGGAGGCAGCAUCCCUUUCGAUCGGGCUAUGGACCCAGCCAUGGAUGUGAUCCUGGCGGUCAAGCAGCAUGACUACAAGAUUUUGCCGCCUGAGGCAGUUUGUGUUGAAACCGCUGAGAAAUAUUGGGCCCGGUGUCCCUCGAUGCUGGACAUGCCCAUUAACUCUUGUGUUGCCCACCCAACCUCGAACUCCACCAUUGUUCUGCUUUCUUCCGGAAUGAUUGAGGUGCUUGGGUAUGCUGUUCCACAAGGUGCUCAAGGUCCGGUUCUGAGGGUUCAGAUGUCUGGUGACGAAGGCAGAACUUGGACCGAUGCCCAUCUCGACCAUGGCUGCAAAGAUGCAAGUCGGUGGACCUGGUCUUUGUGGCAGGCACAGAUCAAGAUGGAGAAGGGCAAAGCCAAAAGGAUUUUUGCCAAAGCCGCCGACGCUGGGGGCAACACGCAAACCUGUGAACGAUCAUCUUAG